GCCGCUGCUAUCUCUUCCUUCGCUGCUCUCUAAGGCUCUAACUCUCUUCUUCGUCGUCUUCUCUGCUGCUCUCUAAGGCUCUAACUCUCUUCUUCGUCGUCUUCUCUGCGUCGGAAGGUCUCUUCCUUCGCCGUCUGCUCAACUGUCCGUCUGCCAUUUCUUCCUCGUCGCUUCAUUGGCUGAGCCGUUAUUGGCUUUCGCUGCGCAGACUCCAUACGCAGCAGAAUCUUCACUGUUCACCAAUGGAGUUGUCUGACAACAACAAGAAAGAGCAAGUGCCACCCACAACCGAAGACCCUGAGAAGAAAAAGAAGAAGGAAGAAAAGGCAAGAGAGAAACAAUUGAAGAAAGAGAAGUUUCUUCAGAAGCAAGCUCAGCAACAAACACAACAAUCAUCCAAUGCUUCUAAAAAGAGUGAAAAGAAAAAUGUGAAGCGUGGUGCAGAGGAUGAGAAUCCUGAAGACUAUAUUGAUCCCGAGACUCCGUUGGGUGAUAAGAAAUGUAUGUCUAGUCAAAUGGCGAAACAGUACAGUCCAACUGCCGUGGAAAAAUCGUGGUAUGAGUGGUGGGAGAAAUCAAGGUUUUUUGUGGCAGAUGCUAGCAGCUCGAAACCAUCUUUUGUUAUUGUUCUGCCUCCACCUAAUGUGACUGGUGCUCUCCAUAUAGGUCAUGCUCUAACAGCUGCAAUAGAGGACACAAUGAUUCGUUGGAGAAGAAUGUCUGGAUACAAUACUUUGUGGGUGCCUGGGAUGGAUCAUGCUGGGAUUGCCACACAGGUAGUUGUGGAGAAAAAGAUAAUGCGUGAAAGACAACUAACCAGGCAUGAUCUGGGCCGUGAGAAAUUUAUCUCCGAGGUAUGGGAGUGGAAAAACAAGUAUGGUGGCACAAUAUUACAACAAUUACGCCGAUUAGGAGCCUCUCUGGAUUGGUCUCGUGAGUGCUUCACUAUGGAUGAUAGAAGAUCUAGGGCUGUGACAGAGGCUUUUGUGAGGCUUUACAAGCAAGGCCUUAUCUAUAGGGACCUUCGUUUAGUAAAUUGGGAUUGUGUGUUACGAACGGCAAUAUCUGAUAUUGAG